UUAAACCCUAUCCUCAUUCCAUUUUGCCAUUCACACAGUCACUCCGUCGCCGACGUUACGCACAUACGCCCACCAACCUCCGUUUCUCUCGUUCCAGGAACCGGUAUUUUGGGACGUUCCCUCUUCGGUCAAGAAUGGCGCACCACACCCAUCAAUGUCGUUCACCCGCUGUACACACCGCCACUCCUGAUGCAGUAACGCGUGAAUUCAACUGCCCGGCGAUUGAUCUCAACUGUCCACCUCCGGAUGAUCUGAUGGUCGAUCAGGAUCUAAAUCCGUCUGUCUCCGAUUGCAAUAGCGCUGUCUCUGCCGAUCAAUGUGGCAGUCCUCCGUCGCUGUUCAUCGGCGGCGAGUUGAUGGAACUCAGCGAGGAAGACAAUAUCCACCACCUUAUGGGGGAGCACUUGGUCUCGAGGCUAGCUAUGCUUGGGGCGAGAGUUACCUUGGUCGCAAUCCUCAGGAUUUGCUACUCCGAUUUCUCGGCAAAAGAACGGGCCAAAGCAUUUCAAGUUCACUCAGAGGCAGCACAGAAGAAAGUCGGCGACAACACCAUCAACGUCGUAAAGUUUGCAUGGUACGCGGCAUCGAAGCCAGAGGUAUUGAAGAUCUUGUCCUGUGGCUUUGGCUACAUUGGGAAGCCUGGGAACAAUGGCUCAUAUGGUUGUGGAGUUUAUUUUUCUCCUUUUGAUCAUCCUCUUGAAAGUGCAGUAUCUGCCCCUUUCGAUGAAGAUGGCCUAAGGCAUCUGUUGCUUUGCCGGGUCAUACUGGGGAAAUCGGAGAUUGUCAGUCUUGGCUCGGGACGGUCUCAUCUCAUUUCGGAAGAGUACGACUCGGGCGUUGAUGAUUUGUCAUUUCCGAGGAGAUAUAUAAUUCGGAGCGCUCACUUGAACAUUCGCGUGUUGCCGGCGUACAUUGUCAGCUUUAGAGUCUCUUGUUGCUCGAGAGGGUUCUGGAAAACUCCGGAGAAGCUGGAGAAUUUGACCACCCCUUGGACACCAUUUCCGAUUUUCUUUUGGGAACUCUCGAAGAUCUUACCUCCAUCUCAUGUCAGUUUGAUCUCCAAGUAUCAUAAGGACCACAAAGAGAGGAAGAUUGCAAGGCAUGAGCUUGUACAGAAAAUAAGGCGAAUAGCAGGGGAUAAGUUGCUCACUCGAUUCAUUAAAGAUAUGACAUCUAAGGCGAAGAAGAUUCCAAGGCACGAGCUGAUACCGAAAUACAGGCAAAUAACAGGGGAUGGGUUGCUGAUUGAAAUCAUUGAAAGUCUCAAAACUAAGCAGUCUGGGGGAUGAAGCGGCUGAUUGUGGGACUAUCGAUGGACUUGAAUAUGAAUGGGAUGUGAGGGGAGUUUAUAAGGUCGUUUUUCAUUUUGAGGAGUUCCUGGAACACAACAAUCCUGAGCAAAUGGUGCGCAAGGUGUGGACGAGGAGGUCCAUCUGGAAUCAUAUAUAGGAAAAAGACUCCUUUGGAAUUUGUAUGAUCCCCUGGUCAUGUGGAAUGUUUGUGUUUGCUUAUAAUCAUCAGCUGUGGUUUUUCUCUUGGUUCUGAUGUCGCAUGACUGUUUCCAAUGGAGAUGGCGACCUUUGGAAUUUGCAUGAUAGGCUUGCCUUUUGGA